AUGACUUCUGAUUCUGAUAGACCCGAGUCUCCGUCUUUCGAUGAAAGGCGUUCUAGUAAUGACGAGUGCACCCGCCCUAAUGAUAUUGCUGGUCCGCACUACAGAACCACCUGCACCCUUCAAUCUCUCGAACGUUUGAGGGAGCUCUGCCGAAUUCCACCAGGAAUUAUGGCGGAGGCGCAGAUAGCCGAUCCCACAGAGUCCCCAGAAAGCCACCGCGACGGCUAUUUCUGUGUAUAUGAGAUCUAUUUUAAAGGUUGCGGGCUGACCUUUCCUCUUCCCGAAGCCCUAGUUCGAUACCUAGCGGCUCUUGAAAUCGCGCUUCCUCAACUAACUCCCAAUCUUCUUCGAACUAUUCUCGGAAUUAUAACAAUCACGGCGGAGGCCGGAUAUGUUAUCGGAGUUACUGAAUUAAAUGAGCUUCUAAGCGUAAGAAGUUCAUCGAAGAAGACGGGAUAUUUCUCAGCGUAUCCAAACGCUAAUAGAAACAUCAUCUCGCACCUUCUGAACAAGGAUGAAAAUUGGCACCAUCCUUGGUUUCUGAUUAAGAAAACUCCCGCUUCGAUUGGAAAUCUUGCAGAUUUACUCCCAUCGAAGUGGUCUGCAAAGCCUGCUUUCGUCGCUUCCACUCUCCCGUCUGAAGAGUUCAUCGAAUUCUUCAAAAUAAUUCUCGAAGGGGAAACCCUUUGGAAUUCUUUUACUCUUGAACGAUUCCUAGAAGCUAACCACAGACUCAGGAUGAGUCCACUGGGUCAACUUCACCAACUUCCGCCUCCUCCCUCAACUCAGGGGAUGUCAUCUCGGGCCCUUGCGGCCAAGCGUAAGGUGCUUUCCAAGCCGAUGGCUGAAGCUUGCGAGGAGAAGAAAAAGUUUCUCGCGACUUCUAUAGACAAGAAGGACUACAGUAGGACCCUGCUGGUUGAUGAUGGCAGCACCGAAGGAGCCAGAUCUGUCGCUUCUUUCAGAUUAACUCCUCGUCGCGAUCGUCGUGACUCACGUUCUCCUCGGAGAGAGCGGUCUCCUCGUCGUGAUUCUCCUCGUCUUCCCCGAGACGAUUUCAGCAGCGAACCACUUAAGAAUUUGGUUCGCAGGAAGAGGGACAAGUCAUCCCGUAGUGACUCGUCUCCGCGAAGGGAGAAAUCAAGGGCCCGGACUGACCGUUCACCUCGAUCAUCCCCUCCCACUGAACCAAUGGGUCCUCCCCGACCUGCUGACAUGUCUUCUUCUGCCCAGCCCGAGAGUGAAAAGACUGUUCGGAGUGCAUCCCCCAAAAAGGGAGAUUCUGAAUCUCGAGAUGCUUUCUCGAGGUUAAAGCCUGCCCUUGUCCCUCAAGUCAAAUCGCUUUCAGGUUUCAAUAUUUACAACUCUUCCUUCUUCGCAGCUAUGGAGAAAGAAGGCAGCGUCUUCCGAUGCUUCAAGACCCAGUCGGGUUCGAUCUUGCCAGACUUCAACAAAUGGUGUCCUGCGAUUCGUGAACGCUAUUUGCUUCACGCUCAUCAUUCAUCUCGGGCUCACAGCGAACUUAACGAUAUGAUCGAACAUUACGAAGGGUUGGUCAUUGGACGGGAGAAGGAGAUUGACAUGUGGAAGAAGAAAUUCUCAGCUCUUGAGGCUGAACUUAAUUCUUCUGCCGGCUCCAAGCACGAUCUGGAGGACAAGGUCGACAGUUUAACAUCUGAGCUUGCGCAGAUAAAGGGGGAGCUGCAAGACCAGUAUGACCGGAAUUACAAACUCCAGGAUGAGCUUUCUGGUGUUCAGGGUAGACUCCAUGAAUCCGAAUCAACCGCCGAUACCCUAAACAACCAACUUAUCGAGCACGCGAAGUACAAGGCGUUAGCCAAGUUGCGUGAUUCCGAGUUGGCAAGGUCAGCAUCGAAAGCCAAAAAAGAUGUUAAGGGACGAGGGAUGGAGUUGAUCCAGGGGGCCAUCCGCUUCAUUCAAACCGAGAAGGCUAGGUCAGAUCUGGAAUCAGACGUCAAGGAGCACGAGAGCAAUUUGAUUCUGUUGGACCAAAUCCAUGAUGCAGAUUUCUCCGAGGUGCAAGAGAGGGCUGAACUGUUGACCAAUCUUUCUGAAAAGCGGAGUCGUUUGGCAGCUCUUCCCGCUUCGACUUUCAACCCGCAGGACUUUGAGGAAUUCUUCACAGAAUCUCCUCCUAUAAGUGAAUUGGGUCUAGACUGGGCGGGCUCAAGUAAAACGGAAGACGUUGUUCCACCCGAAGUUCCUGCGGUGCCGGAGGUCACUCCAGAGGAUGGCUGCACCGCGGAGGGUGGUCAGGGAGCUUCAUCUGAUCAAGCGCCAAUUAAGGAAGCAAGUGAAACUUUGACAGCCGAGCCGGAGUCCGAGAUGGAGGUCGAUCCGUAG